AGAAACCAAUUUGCAAUUGAAGGAUUGCCGGCUCGUGUGAGCAUUAAUGGACUCAAUUGCUCCUACACCUUCAGCUCCACUUCAACCGCCACCAUUCGUGCUGCUGGCGGCUACAGUGAGAAGUGACUGUACACGGUACGUCAUUGGCUGUUUAUUUAAUUUUGGCACCUUGCUUCUCACGCUUCCUCAUUCAACUUCGCCUCGCACCAAAAUGACCAUGGAAGAGCUCAGCACGGACCUCAAGAACAAGGCAACCAUCACCAAGCCUGGGGCACAGGAGCAAGUGGGGCCAGUCGAGCAGAUAGCCGACGCCAGCUCUACUACAGGAGGAGCAAAGAAGAACAAGAAAAAGAAGAAGCCCGCCGCCGUGAACGCAGCCUCAGCGGAAGUUGAAGCAAAGGAAGACAAGGCUAGCGGCGAUGAUGCGGAAGGAGACGACGAAGACGACGAGGACGAAGAGGAUGGCGGCGCCAAUACUACAGAGGCCGCUGGUGCAAAAAAGAAGAAAAAGAAAAAGAGCAACAAGAAGAAAAAGGUUGCUCAGACGGAGCCCCCAACGAUCCCCAUCUCCAAGAUGUUUGGCAACAAAAUCUACCCCGAAGGAGAGCUCUGCGACUACAAUGAAGACAACCUAUGGAGAACCACCAAUGAGGAGAAGCGAUAUCUGGAACGACAAAACUUUGACCAGUACAACGAUGUCCGCAGAGCCGCUGAAGUUCAUCGCCAGGUCCGCCAGUAUGCCCGUCGUAACAUUAAGCCGGGGAUGUCUAUGAUUGAUAUCUGUGAGAUGAUUGAGAACGGUACCCGAAACUUAGUCGAGGCAAACGGAUUUGAGUCCGGCAUUGGAUUCCCUACUGGAUGCUCGCUGAACCAUUGCGCUGCGCAUUACACUCCGAAUACUGGCGAUAAGACUGUGCUGCAAUACGGAGAUGUCUGCAAGAUCGAUUUUGGUGUCCAUGUGAACGGAAGAAUUAUCGAUUCUGCUUUUACGCUGACGUUCGAUCCUGUGUACGAUAACCUACUUGCUGCUGUCAAGGAUGCAACAAAUACUGGUAUCAGGGAGGCUGGUAUCGACGUCCGACUGUGCGAUAUCGGAGCAGCUAUUCAGGAGGUCAUGGAGUCAUACGAGGUUGAAAUUGAAGGCAAAACUUAUCAAGUCAAACCUAUCCGUAACCUGAAUGGACACUCGAUUGACCCUUACAAGAUUCAUGGCGGCAAGUCUGUGCCCAUCGUCAAGGGUGGAGAUCAGACAAAAAUGGAAGAAGGCGAGUACUUUGCCAUUGAGACCUUCGGAAGUACUGGACGCGGUUAUGUGCACGAAGAUAUGGAGUGCUCUCACUAUGCUCGUGUCUACGAUGUACAACAUGUUCCUCUCCGUUUGCCGAGAGCGAAGACGCUGCUCAACACGAUCAACAAGGAAUUCGGCACACUCCCAUUCUGCAGGCGGUAUUUGGAUCGCAUUGGCGAACAAAAGUACGUCCUGGCGCUCAGGAACCUGGUGGAGGCCGGAAUCGUGGAUGCUUACCCACCUCUGGUGGAUAUCAAGGGAUCAUUCACUGCCCAGUAUGAGCACACGCUGGUGCUCAAACCCACACGCAAGGAGGUUCUCAGUCGCGGUGAUGACUAUUAAACAUGCGGACAAAAAAAGCAGAAAUAAAAAAAAAUGAAAAAGAAAAAA